AUGAGCUUCAAUCGGCAAAGAGUAGCACUGGCAUGUACUUAUUGCCGCCACCGGAAACGGCGAUGUGACGCCACCAAACCAAGAUGUAAUAAUUGCACCAGGUCAGGAGCGGACUGUCAUUACGAUGAUGGCCCCUCGCAAAGAAUCGAUACUUCUGGAGGCACAAAGGAAAUAAUAAGUCGGUUGAAAGACAUCAAAGACAUACUGGCUGAGCAACAGCAGCAUUUAACAGCCUUAUCAUCCAGGAACCAUUCUCAGCCAGCAUCUCGCGUCAACUUAUCGCAAGGCGCUACGCCAAAUGCAAUUGAUGGAUCGCCAAUAAGUGCUCCUGCGAAUGGGACGCAAGCUAUCGACGACGAGCCUCCACAAUUCUCCUCUAGUAUGAGAGAGCCGUUGGACGUAGCAUCUGAACCGAUGAAUAUUCCGGCCGAGCACAAGACGUCUUCAAGUUACCUCCUAGGUCUACCAGCUGUGAAAAUGCUAGUAGGUGAAUAUCCGACAAACCUAUUCUUCCUACUAGAGAGCCAGAGUCCUCUGCCACCGGAGCUGUCUCCAGAGCAGUCGCAGAAUCCGCUGCCUCCUUUCCAAAUAGAACGAUCGGUACUUGACCACCUAGUUGCCACCUUCUUCUCGUCAGUACACGUUAGCCAUCCAAUACUCGAUCAGGCAGAGUUUACAGAGAUCUACGAACGAUUCCUGGACAAGGGAGCAGACUCGAGCACAGAGUCAGCCUUAUGUAUGACAGUCUUUGCUCUUGGUGCUUCCAGUCUACCAAUGGGUUUAUGCCAUCCGCAAACUUCUCCCAAUGGUACGAAAUAUAUGAAAUAUGCUCUACCAACGCUCAUGCUCCGCUCAUUAUGGUUGUUUUCCUUCGAUCUCACAUUAGCUCAGGCACUUGUUCUGGCGAGUGUUUAUUUUGCAUAUAUUGUCCGUCCGCUUCAUAGUUGGCGACUCAUAUACUUGGCUACCAAUCUUUUACAACUAAAGCUUUCAAGCUUGGAUUGCCAAAAGCAAACGCUCAAUACAGAAGUCGAUAUACUGCGGCUAUUUUGGUCUUGCUUUAUCAUCGAAUGCGACAGGCUCGCUGAGCUGGAGCUCCCUAGAAGCAGUCUUCAACAAUUGACUGAUGACGCAAGCCUGCCCCGAUGUGGGAAUCUGGAUGAUCUUCACAUGACAGCCUAUCUGGCCGAGAUAUCUAUCAGACGACUUCUGAACCGCAUACACAACUCCCUAUACCCAAGAACACCAAAUUCUCUCAACACGUCUCUUUCUUCAACCUCACUGAUGACACCAGAAGAGUUUUCUAUCGACGAGCUAACUUCGAUCACCUCUGUCUGUGAAGAACUGCACAGUCAACUCGACUUAUGGCACGCAGCAAUCCCCGAGCAGUUCCGACCACCACUUAAUCUUGAGGAAAUAGACAAUGACAGGAUAUCCAUAUUGAGAAUUCGAUACUAUGCCGCGAAACAUAUUAUAUACCGACCUUUUGUUCUCCAUGUUACAACGCACACGAGCUCACAGAUUUCGAGUGCUAUUGUCGAGAAGGCAGGUAUUUGUAUCGAAAGUUGCAGUUUGUAUCUUUACCACACCUCUAAGAUUCUUCGCGCUCCAAGUCAGUACACUUGGACGUUUGCAUUGUCGUAA